ACUUGCACUACACAGUGGUGCCACAAUGAUCAUAUCAGGAUAUCCACUUGCUCGAAAUAAAUCUUUAUCGGGCAGGAAAACACGAAGAUGAAUGAUGAGACGGUGGAGAGCACCGGCCUUGUUGUAUCACUCUCCCGUCUUGUCUAUCAGAGACGGAUCAUUAUUUAUUGUCGGCGCUCGUCCUCUCCAAACUCUUUCUUUUCUUGCUUCCUCGUCUUCCAUAAUUCUUCUCUUGUUAUCAAUCAGGAUCUUCGGCCUUCUCUCAUUUUUCUAGACCGGUGAUCGUCUGUUUUCCUUUUUUUUGAGUUUGACUCGUGUUGUUGCUUGCAUAGUCUCUGAACCUUCUUAAAGUCUUU